AUGGAGACACAGCAGCAUAAUAAACAGGAAGUGCCAUCAUUGAAAGAAUUUAUUAAAAAACAUAAAGUUCAAUAUGGACAUAUAAGCAAUAAACGCAGAUUUGAUGAAAAAAGUCAAAUGUUUAAAAGAAAAAAAGCAAAAUUAAAAAAAAAAACAAUAAAAAUUAUAAAAGAAACUGAAAAAAAUGAAAAAUCAUCACAUAACUCAGGAAAAAAUGAAUCCAAACUAUAUUUAGAAAACGAAUCAUCUAUUACAAAUUUUAGUAACGAUCAUGAUAAUUUUAAAAAUUCUAAAGAUUCUUCCAUUUCUGAUACAGAUGAACUGUAUUGUUCUUUAGGUGAAGAUAACAAUGAUUCCUAUAAAGAAUAUAUGUUUAGUGAUUGUAAUAAUAAAAAAAGAUCAGAUUCAGAUUCUAUAAUCUCUGAAAAAAUGAAUCUUGUAUUAAAUACUAAAUCAAACCAAGAAAAGUUAAUUGAUAAAUCAAUUAAUAAGGAAUCAUCUGUUUCUUUAUCAGAAGAUGAAAUUAAUCAAAAAAAACAAGAUUACGACCAUCAAUUUUUAAAAACAAGAAUUCAAAAAACUAUUCAUCUUUUAAGUAAUUUUAAGAAUUUUUCAGAAAAAAAACAAAGCCGAUCAGAAUAUAUAGAACAGCUUCUCGAAGAUAUAUGUAAAUAUUACGGAUAUUCAAGAUUUUUGGCAGAAAAGCUGUUUAACAUGUUCAAUGUUCAAGAAGCUUUUGAAUUUUUUGAAGCAAAUGAGGUUCCACGACCUAUUACUAUUAGAACUAAUACAUUGAAAACUACUAGACGAGACCUUGUAAAUGCAUUGAUGAAUAGAGGUGUUAAUUUGGAACCUAUUGAAAAAUGGUCAAAAGUUGGUAUACAAAUAUUCGAAAGUCAAGUGCCUAUAGGAGCAACGCCUGAAUAUCUUUCAGGAAAGUACACAAUUCAAACAGCUUCAUCCUUUCUUCCUAUUAUAGCAUUAUCUCCACAAGUUAAUGAACGAAUUCUUGACAUGUCCGCUGCACCUGGUGGAAAAACAACACAUAUUGCCGCUUUGCAAAAAAACACAGGAGUAAUAUUUGCUAACGACUUCUCUAAAGAUAGAAUAAAAAGUCUUGUAGCAAAUAUUCAUCGCCUUGGAGUUAAAAAUACAAUAGUAUGUAGACAUGAUGGAAGGGAUUUCCCGAAAGUUAUGGGAGGAUUUGAUAGAGUUUUAUUGGAUUCCCCGUGCAGUGGAACAGGUAUAAUUUCAAAAGAUCAAAGUAUUAAAAUAAAAAAAACGGAAAAAGAUUUUAAUAUUCUUUCCCACCUUCAACGCCAACUUAUUUUAUCAGCAAUUGAUUCGGUAGAUGCGAAUAGUAAAACGGGUGGUUAUAUUGUUUAUUCAACAUGUUCCGUAACUAUUGAUGAAAAUGAAAUGGUUAUUGAUUAUGCUUUAAAAAAAAGACCAAAUAUAAAGCUGGUUGAUACUGGCUUAAGUUUUGGAGUGGACGGCUUUACACGUUUUAGAGAUAAAGUCUUUAAUCCUAAAAUGAAUUUAUGUAAAAGAUAUUAUCCUCACGUUCAUAACUUAGACGGUUUUUUUAUAGCUAAGCUCAAAAAAAUAAGCAACAAAAUACCGCAAAAUUUAAAUGAAAACAUAACUAAUCAUGAUAAAACAAUUCCACAAAGACUAGACGAUAAUAUUAAAUUUGAUGAACUCGAUAACAUAUUAAUUGAAAGAAGCAGAAUCAGAUUACUUAAAAAAAAAGGAAUUAAACCUAGAAAAGCAAACAAAAAAGACAAAUCAAAAUAA